AUGAUAAUUUUCCAUUCCAUGUCUGAGUUGCAACUGGUUUAUCAGAAUGACUUCCUUCAAUCGCUCCAUGAUCCUUUCGUUGCUUUCCAUGCUCGGGUUCCUUGGCCUGACCUGUACCCACGCAGCUGACCCAGUUCCACUCUACCACGUCUGUGAAAACGCUACCUUCUCCCAAAAUAGCCUCUACAAUUCCAGUCUCAACUCCCUCCUCUCUUAUCUCUCCUCCAACGUCACCCGCAACAUCGAAUUCUACAACACCACCUCCGGUCAGAACACCUCCGACCCCGUCUACGGCCUCUUCCUCUGCCGCGGCGAUGUCACUUCCCAAAUGUGCCGAGCAUGCGUGGCUGCCGCGACCAAAGAGCUCGCCGCUAAAUGUUCAAGGGAAAAGGUUGCUGUUAUUUGGUACGACGAGUGCAUGAUUCGCUACUCCAACGAGUCUAUCUUUUCCACCGUGGCCGUAAGGCCUAGAAUUUCUCUAUUGAACACUCAGAACAUCACCGAGCAGGACCGAUUUAAUCGGCUGGUGAACACGACGAUGAUUGACUUAGCAAGUCGGGCCUCGAACUUCCCGACCGGUGCUAAGAAGUACGGGACAGAGGAAGUAAAAUUUUCCGAGUUUCAAAAUCUGUACAACCUUGUACAGUGUACGCCGGACCUGUCCGGUACCGAUUGCAAGAGGUGUCUUGAGGCAGCUAUCGGUCGUCUUCCUAUAUGCUGUGAUGGAAAGCAAGGGGGAAGAGUUAUUUUUCCCAGUUGUAAUGUUAGGUACGAAUUGUACCCUUUUUACCGGACUGUAACUGCGAUACCGACGCCUCCUACGCCAGCUCUUCCACCUCCAUCUGCAGGAAAAAGCAAAAUCUCAGCAGUAACAAUAGUCGCCAUUGUUGCUCCAAUUGCUGCCGCCGUGAUGCUCCUAGUCUUGUCCUACUGUUUCCUAACUAGGAGAUCAGCAAGAAUGAAGUUGAACGAAGAAAAAGGAUCAAGUUUUGAGAAACCAGAUCAUGUCCUAACCUAUAAUGCUGCAAAUGAAAUUGCAAAGGAAAUAGCAACAGCAGACUGCUUGCAAUUUGAUUUCGGAACAAUUGAAGCUGCCACCAACAAAUUUUCAAAUGACAAGAAGUUAGGUUCUGGUGGAUUUGGGGAGGUUUACAAGGCUACCCUUCCUCCUGGACAAGAAAUAGCAGUAAAGAGGCUAUGGAGAAGCUCUGGACAAGGUGUAGAUCGAUUUAAGAACGAGGUUGUACUGGCAGCGAAACUUCAACACAAAAAUUUAACAGCGCUAUUGGGAUUCUGCUUGGAAGGAGAAGAAAAGAUACUUAUCUAUGAGUUUCUUCCUAAUAAAGGCCUUGACUGUUUUCUAUAUGAUCCUAAGAGACAAGGACAACUGGAUUGGUCAAAACGUUACAAGAUAAUGGGCGGGGUUGCUAGAGGAAUUCAGUAUCUUCAUGAAGAUUCUCAACUUAAAAUUAUCCAUCGUGACCUGAAAGUUAGCUGUAUUUUGUUGGACGUAGAUAUGAAUCCAAAAAUUUCAGAUUUUGGUAUGGCAAGGAUUCUUGAGGCUGAUCAAAAUCAAAAUGAUGCAAGUAGAACCGUGGGGACAUACGGUUACAUGGCUCCAGAGUAUGCAAUGCACGGAGAAUUUUCUGCGAAAUCUGAUGUGUAUAGUUUUGGUGUCAUAGUCCUAGAGAUCAUCAGUGGGAAGAAGAACAGUAGUUUUGAAUCAGAGCAUGUUGAUGACCUCUUGAGCUAUGCUUGGAUACAUUGGAGAGACGGAAGCCCCCUGAAAUUGUUGGAUCCAACAAUGGGAGACUCUUAUUCGAAAGAGGAAGUCAUUAGAUGCAUCCAUAUCGCCUUAUUAUGUGUUCAGAAAGAUCCAGCGGAUCGACCCACCAUGGCAUCAGUUGUUCUCAUGCUUAAUAGCUACUCGGUCACUCUUCCAUCACCUCAGCAGCCUGCAUUUUUCCUUGGCAGUAGAACUGACCCGAACAUACCUACAAUGGGGAUGGAGUCUACUCAAUCUAUUGGCAUGACAAUGCCAUGGUCUGUUGAUGACGCGCCCAUUAUCGAACCACAGCCUCGAUAGUGUGAGGAAACAAGGCAUAUGCAAAUAUUGUGAAAACAUGCGACCUGAGUGCCAGGUUUAGAAAACUCAAGUAGCUUGCUGAUGGUAUUUAUCCGUGUCUUAAUAAAAACAAGUCUAGCUAGAAGGCAUCUAUGACUUGAACCCUACUCUUGUAAGCAAGCGUAAUAAUGGACGAAUUCCCCACAUCA